AUGGUGAAGGAUAAUCGAGAUUCUGACCAAGACCAAGAUUUUAGUUCUGCUCACAUGAAAAGACAACCGGAGCAGCAGCAGUUACAACAGCACCAAUUUCCAAAUAAAAAACAACGAAUAUCUCACCAUGAUGACAGUCAUCAAAUCAACCACAGACCAGUUACUUCAUGUACACAUUGUAGACAGCAUAAAAUCAAAUGCGAUGCCAGUCAAAACUUCCCUCAUCCUUGCUCCAGAUGUGAAAAAAUUGGUCUCCACUGUGAAAUCAAUCCUCAAUUUAGGCCUAAAAAGGGCUCACAGUUACAGUUACUGAGACAAGAUGUAGAUGAAAUUAAAUCUAAACUCGAUACUCUUCUGGCUAAUGACAGUGUUUUCGUUCAUCUUCUACAGCAUAUCCCUAUGGGCAAUAAUCUUUUGAAUAAACUUAAUCUGCAUCCAACUUCAACUCCGGGCACUAUCAUUCCUAACCCAGAUUCUUCUCCUUCGUCAGGUUCUCCAGCUUCUUCCGCAGCUCAACGAGAUUCUAAAUUUUCAGUUCAGACGUAUUUGUCUAGGGAACCUCAACUCCUUCAAGCCAGCCAGGGCAGCAAUACGAAUAAAUUCAAAGCAAAUAAUGAAGCAUCUUCCCACAUGACAUUACGCGCAUCUUCUUUGGCGCAAAGUUCGAAGAGCUUGGUGGCAACAGAGCCGAAUAAGUUGCCGCCUUUGUUGAAUGACUCAGCAUUGCCUAAUAAUUCCAAAGAAUCUUUACCUCCCGCUUUGCAGAUGGCCUAUUAUAAGAAUAAUUCUACAGGUAACACCCCCAACGGCCCUUUCUCUCCAAUUCACAAAACAUAUUCACCUCAUACUACGUCGACCACCGUUACAACCGCAACAAACCAAGCACCCUUUGCAGCAACAAGCCAUGUCGAUACAAAUAACAGUACUAACAGGACGAAGACUCCUGUCGUAGCCACUACUACAACUAUGCCAUUAUUACCCUCGCCGCAUGCCAAUGUGGAUGAGUUUGUACUGGGUGAUAUAAGUAUUUCCAUUGAAAAAGCGAAUAAAUUACACCAUAUUUUCGUGACUAGAUAUCUGCCGUAUUUUCCUAUCAUGUACUCAAAUAAUGCUACCGAACUGUACUCUCAAUCUCAAUUACUCUUCUGGACCGUCAUGUUGACAGCAUGUCUGUCUGACCCUGAACCAACCAUGUAUUGCAAAUUAAGCUCCUUAAUUAAGCAAUUGGCCAUAGAAACUUGUUGGAUACGAACUCCUAGAUCCACACAUAUCUCGCAAGCUUUACUAAUAUUGUGCAUUUGGCCUUUGCCUAACCAAAAAGUUUUAGAUGAUUGUUCUUACCGUUUUGUAGGUUUGGCUAAGUCACUGUCCUUUCAGCUAGGUUUGCACAGAGGCGAAUUCAUCUCUGAAUUCACAAGAACUCAAACGUCAAUGCCGAAUGCAGAAAAGUGGAGAACUAGAACUUGGCUCGGAAUAUUUUUUGCUGAACUUUGUUGGGCGAGUAUUCUUGGUUUGCCACCAACCUCGCAAACAGACUAUUUAUUAGAGAAAGCCUUAUCUUGUGGCGAUGAAGAAUCAGAAGAAGACGAUAAUAACGGUAGUAACGAUAAUAGUGAUAAAAGCAACGAAAAAUAUGAAUCGCACGUUGAAGUUAAAUACAAACUACCAGGCAGUUUUAGAAGAUUACUGAGCUUGGCCAAUUUCCAAGCAAAAUUGUCCCAUAUAAUUGGAUCUUCUACUUCCAGUCCCGAUGGUUUAUUGGAACCAAAAUAUCGUGCAGAGACGUUGUCUAUCUUGGGGAAAGAGUUGGAUUCACUAGCAAAAACUUUAAAUUUCCAGAGUGAUGAUACUGUUAACAUCUAUUUUCUUUAUGUUAAAUUGACUGUUUGUUGUUUUGCGUUCUUACCUGAAACACCACCUACUGAUCAAAUUCCGUAUGUCACAGAGGCCUAUCUAACAGCUACCAAAAUCGUCACCUUGUUAAAUAACCUUUUAGAAACGCAACAACUAAUUGAACUUCCCAUUUAUAUUAGACAAGCUGCUACGUUUUCCGCAUUGAUACUGUUCAAGUUGCAACUGACACCUCUACUUCCUGACAAAUAUUUUGAUUCAGCAAGGCAAUCAGUGGUCACUAUUCAUAGACUUUAUAGAAAUCAGUUAACUGCGUGGGCCACGAGUGUAGAGAAUGAUAUUUCGAGAACUGCAAGUAUGUUAGAGAAAUUGAAUUUCGUAUUAAUCAUGCAUCCGGAAGUCUUUGUGGAGGAAGACGGUAUAAUUUCUAGAAUGAGAUCACAUUUAACAGGAUCCCUAUUCUAUGAUUUGGUUUGGUGUGUUCACGAGGCGAGAAGAAGGGAAAUGGAUCCCGAAUAUAAUAAGCAAGCGCUGGAAAAAGCCGCUAGGAAAAGAAAACUUUCUUCAAAUGAUAUUUACAGUAAUCUUUCAUCCACGGGUGGUAUAAUGGACAGAAAACUAUAUCCAUUGCCAUUAUAUAAUCAUAUUUCCAGAGAUGACUUUGAAACUGUGACAAAAACAACACCAAGUGGAACCACUGUUACUACUUUAGUUCCCACCAAAAAUGCCUUGAAGCAGGCAGAACAGCUGGCCAAGACAAAUAACGGAGAUUCUGACGGUUCUAUAAUGGAGAUUAAUGGAAUACCCCUUUCCAUGCUUGGGGAAACAGGUAGCGUGAAAUUUCAGAGUUUAUUCGUUAAUACUGCAAACAGUAACGAUUAUAAUAGUGGCAGAACCCUAUUAGAUGCGUCUAAUGACAUAUCAAUUCCUUCCAAUUCAAGUUAUCCAGUAACUUCUGGCCCUACUCUGAAUAAUAAUCCACAAAGUACUAAAGGAGAUUAUUAUCAUAAUGGGCCUAAUGUAAUUCCUGAUCUCUCAAUGAAAAGAUCAGUAAGUACACCUGUUAAUCACUUUCCUGUAUCCGUUCCAGGGUUGAGAAACCCUGUUGGUAGUUUACCAAAUAAUGUUACAUUGGGAAUUGACCACCCUGUUCCAAGGGAGCACAGCAAUUUACAAAACGUCACGAUUAACUAUAAUAAUCAAUUUAACAACGCCAAUGCAAUUGGAAGAUCACAAAGUAGUAUGUCUCAUUCACGAACACCGGUUGCCUCGAAGUCAAAUAACAUGACAGAUUUGCAUUCCGUCGUUUCCGACCCCGGUUCUUCCAAGAGCACUGCAUAUCCACCUCUGAGCUUAUUUGCCAAAAACAACAAUAUUAAUAACAAUAAGACAAAUCAACAAUUUUCUACGGGCACUAACACUGUAAUUUCUUCUAACCACCAAAGUAUCGAUAAUGAAAACAACGUGAAAACUCCUGGAAACAAACUAACUGAUUUUUUUCAACAACAAAGUGCAGGUUGGAUUGAAGGUAAUUCCAGCAAUGAUGACUUCUUUGGAUGGUUUGACAUGAACAUGGAGCAAGGAUUUUAA